GUUAUUGAUAGGUUAAUGGUAGAAAAUAGCGUUUCACUUGGUUACAUUCCUGCCUGCUCAGGCUGUUCCUGGAACGACAGCUACGCACAAAUGUCUUGGCGACGGUGACAGUUUGAGAUAGGCUUUGACGAAGCACUACACAAUGCAUAAGCUCUUGCCAGCUAGCUGGGCUGGUCCGGCUCCAAUUUUGGAGUCGCGCAGGCUUGGCUCGCGGACAUCCUCAUGGCGGACGCCCAUUAUUCUCAUCGCGUUAACAGUUAUGGUUUCUCUUGCUACCAUUUACACAGUGCAUUACUCGCAGCGUGUUGCCAACAGCGAUCCGUACCGGAGUGCAAAUACGGAGGAGGAUGAUAUUGAGAUGCAAAAAGCUCUGGAAGCUAUUAACGAGAUGAAUGCGAAGACUCCUCCCCCUCCGGCACUUUCGCGCGAGACGUGCCACACAGAAGAGCACUCUGAGAUAGAUGGACGCGUUGUAAAGUGGGGCGCUGAUCACUUCACGGAAACCGCGGGCGAGUGCUGUGCGGCCUGCACCAACCACGCCGACUGCAACGUUUGGGUGUGGUGUGCCAACCCCGGCGGCUGCGGCAGCGGCAGGCAGCACAAGGAGUGCUGGCUGAAGAAGAACACCGUCAAGAACAUCGUCGACAGCAAGGGAUACGCCCACCCAGGCAUUCCCUGGACCUCCGGCGCGCUGUACGCCCCCGAGGAGCGGCUGCGUGUGCUGGAGGCGGAGCGGCUGCGGCUGGAGGCGCUGCGAGACGACCCCAACCUGCCGCUCGUCUACCUGGACGUGGCAAUCAAGGGCAAGUACAUUGGCCGCAUGAAGGUCGUGCUGUUCAAGAACGACUCGCCGCGGGCCGCUGAGAACUUCCGCGCGCUGUGCACCGGCGAGAAGGGUGUCGUUCCCCCGGGCCACGAGGGUGCCGGCAAGGCGUACCACAUCAAGGGCGCCACCUUUUACCGCAUCAUUGACAGGUUCAUCGACCAGACGGGCGCCAACACGGAGUCCAUAUACGGCGGCGCCUUCAAGGACGACCCGGGCGGCCUGGCGCUCAAGCACGACCGCAAGGGGCUGCUGUCCAUGGCCAACGCGGGGCCCGACACCAACACCAGCCACUUCUCCAUCCUCAUGGCGCCCGCGCCGCACCUGGACGGCCACUACACCAUCUUUGGGGAGGUGGUGGAGGGUCUGGAGGUUGCGGAGAAGAUCAACGCGCUGGCCCGCGGCAAGCCCAACAACACGGCGGGCCCCGAGGAGGAGGCCGUGAUCGUGGACAGCGGCCAGAUCCGGUAGCCAUCAAACACAUUGGGUGGUUUAUGAAGCAAGUUGGGGCUUUUCGUGAUGUCGUAGACGGAUAUCCGACUUCAUAGUUUGGCACUGGUCUAUAGAACAUGGUGUAAAGGGUAGGACCGAGGUGGAAAUCAAGUGAGGGUACUGCUGAAUGCUACCGGUAAGUUUUUUAUGGUGCGCGGGUUAUCAUAUGAUUGCGAAGGGGAGCUUAGGAAAGAGCAGGGCAACGAGCCAAAGGAGAUAGCUGGGCUGGCAAAAGAGAUGCGGUGACCUUGCAUGGUGGUGCUUAGCAGGUUGUUGGAUGCUGCGUGCGCAUGAGGCAUAUGGAAACAGGUUGUCAUGUCGUACACGGACUGUGGGAACACUGCACGUGUUGUAAUGAUGGUUGUUGUCCUGUCAACCUUGAUGGGAAUGCGAGUAGCCCUCUGUGCGUGCAUAUAUGCGGAUGCCUUCGCCCCAUCUGUCUGUUGCAUGUGCUUGGUUGUGCUCUUUUCGAAUCCGACUUGUUACCGCGGUCAAGUCCUUGUUGUCAUAGUGCCACAUGACACCCCACGCGUGUCACAUGCCCUGCUCUCCAUGUUGCAAAAAGGGCACGGCGUCAUAUGAUAUGCUUGCCGAAACUAUUGUGCAACACUCCGUGGCUGGUGGCUGCGACGAGAAGCCGUGCCCGGCAAACAUGCGCAGCCUAGUUGGCCCGUGCGCAGACGUCAAUAGACCGUUCCGCAACAUGGGAAGAGUUAGGCAACACAGGGGAGUAAAACAAGACACGUGGGUUUCCGUUCGACUCAGCUUGCUCCUGCUGCAGAAGAGG